AUGUCAGCAAAUGAUAUUCUUGAUGUCUUAAACAUUCAACGAGAUGAAUCGAAUCAACCACCCAAGAAAAAGCAGAAAUCCUCGUCAACGCCAACAUUACCAGAUGGUAAACAACUAACUGGGAUGGCCAGAGAAUUAUAUAAUUUAGUAGGACCAAAUACUCCACCUAUAAAUUUAAAUUCACAUUCAUAUACUGCCAAUAAAGAGAAGAUGAAAAAGUUUAAACCAUCCCCAUGGACUAGGAUGCCAUUCACUCCAAAACAAGGUAUAGAAUUGUAUCACUGGGUUAAAGGGUCAAAAGAGUUGAUUGAACAACAAGAACUUGAAGAAGACGGCACACCAAAACCAUAUUUUUUUGAAAAGUAUAAUGUUCAGUUGGAAAUUCCUGAGUUUAUUGACGAAGAUACAUAUGAUCUUUAUAUGAUUGAGAUUAAAGAAUACGAGAAUAAGGUAAGAGAGGAAAGAGAAAGAAGAGAGAAAGAACGCAAAGAAAGAGAGAAAAGAGAUUUAGAAGAAAAGAAGAAGCAACAACAACAGCAGCAACAGCAGCAACAGCAAAAAGUACAACAGGAUCAGCAGCAACAGAAACAACAAAACAAGAACGCGGACGAUGGAAAAAACACAGAGUCAAACAAUAAUGCUGAUCAAAAGGAAACUGAACAAAAAUCCGAGGAAAACAAAACUAUAGAGGAGAAAAAGCAAACUGAAGAAAAGAAAGAUGAUGGGGAAUCAAAAGAUACAAACAAUGAAGCAAAACCCGUCGCUGAAGAUGUAAAGACAGAAAAGGAAAAAACUGAAGACAAAGAACUUCCUAAAACCAAUGAUAGUGAAACUAACAAAACAGAGAAGAAAGAUGAUGAAGAGGCUCUGGCAAAGAGUAAAGACUCUACUGCUGAAAGCCAAUUAGAAAAUAAAAAAGAAAAUGACGAAGAUACAGACUUGGAAUGGACAUACAAGGAGACAAAGCACUUGUUUGAAUUAUGUCAAGCGUUUGAGUUGAAGUGGCCAAUAAUACACGACAGAUUUCCAAAUCCAAAUCGAACAGCAGAGGACUUGAAGGAACAAUUCUACAGAAUAUGCAUUAAGAUUCUUGAAAAUCAAGAAAACAAAAACCAGGCAUUGAUAGACUCAUUAAAGGCUUAUUCAAAACCUCGAGAAUUGGAAAGAAAACAAUACCUUGAAAACUUGCUCAAGAGAACGCCAGCAGAAAUUGCUGAAGAGGAAUCAUUGGUUAUUGAAGCAAGAAGAUUCGAGAUAGCAGCAAAAAAGAUGCUAAUGGAAAGAUCAAACUUGUUAACGUUACUCGAUUCUCCACAAACUACACAAAAUGUAUCUCAAUAUCAAUCUUCGCAAGGUAUAACCAAUUUGUAUAAUAAUUUGUUGAUUUAUGACAAGCAUCAAAAGAAAAAGCAAAUGGCAAACAAAGCCAAUACUCAACAAGAACCUGUCCCACCACCAAUUCCAUUAGCUGCAUCAUCAUCAGUGAAACGUGAUCGUGGUUUCCAAACUCAAUUGCAACAAUACUUGUCUAGUUUCUUGAAACAAAACCAUCAUACAAACCCUGCAGUCAAACAGGAAAUCAAUUCUAUACAACAGUUAUUGAUGAAGAGAUUAACACAAAAGGAAGAAGAAGCCUAUGGUUUGCAUUUCCAUGGAACAGAAAAGUUGAAUCCAGGUGUAAUGUUAAGGUCUCAACAAAAGCUACCUGGUUUAAAUCAAAGACAAUCAAUAUUAAAGUCAGUAAAUAUUUUAUUACAGGAAAUGGAUAUCCCAACUGGUGGUGGUACUUCCUGGAAACCAAUAAUGCCCACCAGGAAAACUAUGGCAAAAUAUGACGAAUUAAUUAGAUCAGUGGUUACUUUACUUGAUGUGAAAAAGGCAAAAGACAAAUUAGAGGCGGAAAUUAAAUUGAUAAAGAGUCAAAGGGGGUUAUAG